CUGCGAGAGGAAGAUGGAGUUGCAUCUUCCUGGGCACCUGUAACAUCUGGUGUGCCACAAGGAAGUAUCCUAUAUAGGACCUGUUCUGUUUGCGAUCUUUAUAAACGAUCUUCCAAAUGUACUACCAGGGCAGCAUUGUAUGCAGAUGACACCAAAGUGUACAAAUCAAUUAAAUCGGAAGAUGACUGUCAAAUUCUGCAACACGCCUUGACCAGCCUUGAAUGUUGGAGUCAUGAUAACAACCUAGAUUUCAACCAGUCGAAAUGUAAGGUGCUGACCAUCACACGAAAAAAGACUCCCCUCGUGCAUGUCUACCACAUGAAUUCAAAGGAACUCUUGCGUGUGGAUAAAGAGAAAGACCUUGGUGUUUGCGUCAGUGCCAACUUCAGUUGA